AUGGAACGACACAGCUGCCCUAACCCCGGAAAUUUGGCUACUACUUUACUCAUCAUAAUAGGAACAUCAUUUUACAGCAAUAGAUUAGCAAGUGGGUUUUACCCUGAAAUUGUUAAUAAUUUUCAUCUUAUGCUAUCAUUUCUCUGCAUUUGUUUCUCGUUAUGCUUUUUCACAUCAGACCCUGGGUAUUACUUGGAUUUAGCUUUUAAGCCUUUACUGAAACAAAAAAUAGGAUUUUCUGGAAAAGGGUUCACAUAUAACUAUUGCGAAACCUGCAAAAUGAACAAAGAUGACACAACUAUACAUUGUGUGCAAUGCCACCGAUGUGUAAGAGAAUUCCAUCAUCAUUGCUCUAUGCUUUCGAACUGUAUAGGAGCAGAUAAUAAAAAACUCUUUCAGCUGCUAAUGAUCUUUAUGCAUGUAUGAAGCAUUUAUAUUAUUUUGCAAAGUAUUUUAGGAAUAAUUUAUGGAGCUUGGGCGUUUGGCUUCCUUUUUAUAUUAGGGACUGUUAUUGAAAUAUAUUUAUGUCUGGUAACUUUUUUUAAUUAUUUACUAUAA